CUCGGCCAUCCACGGGCGGGGCCUGUUCUGCAAACGCAACAUCGAGGCCGGGGAGAUGGUCAUCGAGUACUCGGGGAUCGUGGUCCGCUCCGUCCUCACCGACAAGAGGGAGAAGUUCUACGACAGCAAGGUGGGGGGGGGACACCUCGGGGACAACCCGGGGGGCCCUCGGGGACACGUUGGGGUCACCCCCCGUGGCCCCUGGGGACGUGGAGACCCCAUGGGGGUCACCCUGACACCCCAACACCCUGUCACUGUGUCACCUGUCACCCUGUCACCCUCGGCCAUCCACGGGCGGGGCCUGUUCUGCAAACGCAACAUCGAGGCCGGGGAGAUGGUCAUCGAGUACUCGGGGAUCGUGGUCCGCUCCGUCCUCACCGACAAGAGGGAGAAGUUCUACGACAGCAAGGGCAUCGGCUGCUACAUGUUCCGCAUCGACGAGGCGGAGGUGGUGGACGCCACCAUGCACGGCAGCGCCGCCCGCUUCAUCAACCACUCCUGCGAGCCCAACUGCUACUCCCGCGUCAUCCACGUGGAAGGCCACAAGCGCAUCGUCAUCUUCGCCCUGCGCCGCAUCCUGCGGGGGGAGGAGCUCACCUACGACUACAAGUUCCCCAUCGAGGAACCCGCCGCCAAACUGCCCUGCAACUGCGGGGCCAAGCGCUGCCGACGCUUCCUCAACUAGAGUGGAGGGGCACCCAUGGGUGCUCUGGACUCUUGGGUUGGGGGGUAGGAGGGGGUAAGAGGGGGUUUGGAGGUAGUUGUGGAGCCCUAGAGAUGUCUACACCCAACUGGAAGACAGCAGGACUCAAGGGGAGGUGGUGGGGAGGAGAUACGGAAGCCCUUGAGAUGCCUUCAUCCAACUGGGAGGACCCCUGGGUGCUCUGGAGCCCUGGGUGGGGGGGUUGGAGGUAGUUAUGGAGCCCUGGAGAUGCCUCCACUCAACUGGAAGACACCAGGACUCAAGGGGAG